AUGGCCAUACUGCUGCUUCUCUUUCUACAAGAGCAGAAUGUGCCCAUAAACUGCUCAGUGUAUUCCCUUACACUGGGUUUCAUCCAGUUCCAGGAUUUCCGGCCUCCCUACACCUGGAACAACUGGCUGAGCGAGUUCCUUCCAGCUUAUUACAUAACAAACUGUCUGAUCCCCGAUCUCAUCCAGUUGGUGAUCGAACUGAACAUCACAGGCACAGAUGACCAACAAGAUAAGCUUAUCAACUCUCCCUAUAACGACCGAGACAACGGCGACACAUUCGUAGCUUUGCUAUUCAUGGUCUGCGGCUCGUGUGUAUCCAGUUGGAUGCUUGCCUUGCUUCACUAUCUAUCACCGAAACACAAGAGAAAACCGCUUGUAGUCCAGCUUGCUACCAUAAUGUACUCUGUAGUGAUGACAAUUCUGCUUUCACGACUCACUGAUGGAUCGUCGCAGGAAUACUACAAGGAUACACUAGAUAUAGUGCGGCUCCACGAACUCAUAUACAACAACAAUACCUAUAGGAUCACAGUAGUAAUUUCCCAGAUCCUCACCCAGGUGGCGUGGUUUCAGAUCGUCCUCAAAAUCACGAAAACGAAGUGGAAAUGGCUCACUUCCUGUUAUGGUGCAGUCGUAAUUUCUGCCCAUACAGCAGUCAACAUUUUCUGCCAGGUCAGGUACAACAACACCGACUCGAUCUUUGACAGCACCAACGCGAGCUUCGACCGCUGGGCUCUGGCACGUGUCGUUAUCAAACUCAUGCUCGUAGUCUGGUUUGGAGGUAGUUUACUCUACUACACCAUUGUUAUCAAGAAUCCACACAAAGUGUGCUAUUCAAGACGUUUGCUUCCACUAGGAAUCUUCAACUGGUUCCUCUUCGCUUUGCACGUUGUACUCUCCAUUCUCAUCAUAUCUCUCUUCAGAGACAACUGGUUAGUCAACACCUGGUUGUUUCUACUUCCAAUGCUCAUAGAGGUCAUCUUCUUGACAACCGUAUGGGAAUGGGUGUGUAAUAUUCGUUUCUUAGAGAAACGGUUUGAGAUGAUGGGCGUACUUGGAAGACGAAUCAGCCUUGAAGAUAUCGCCAGUUUGCAUCUGCAAAGUGGAAAGAUUCGAAAAGUCGAAAUGAAAGACUUUUCAGAUAACUCCAACGAGUCUACUGAUGCUACUACAAAAAUCAAUAGCGACUUGUCUGCUACCAGAUCAGUGACCACAAGAACACACAGUGAUAAUACAUUAGAAAUUCACAAUCUGCAACUUGAAAACGAAAACAGUAAUAAUGAAAACAACUACAAUUAUAACGAUAAUGAUAAUGACAAUAAUAAUGACAACGCCAACAAUACUAAUAACAAUACUAAUAACAACACCAACAAUAUUGUUCACAGUAAUCAAACCCUUAAUUUCAACAAUAUAAUGGACAAUAGCCAAGAUAGCCACAAUAUGAAUCUGUACCAUAUAGACACUGGUGAGGGAGAUUCUUCAUCACAUCGUCGUAGUGCUGGUAGCUGCGACGACGAGUACAUCAACAACUACGAAAUCUGGGCCGACGACGAAGAUCAGGAGAUUGAUGAUUCUACGCAAAAUAUAGACUACGAUUAUUCACAAUUUGAGGCUGGACCCUCGGAAGCUCCUCCACCAUUCCAACCGCAUCCGGGGUUUUCCACCGGCGACUACUGGCAGGACCAUAAGGAGCACAUGUAA